UUGAAAAUGACCUUGAAAGUUAAUUUUGCGGCACCAUGUUUAUGAUGCAAUGUUGGCGAUCUCGACGAGUAGAAUCGACUGGCAAAAGCAUGACCAAUAAUUUUUCCCCACCCUGUACAAUGCGUAUAAUGCGUAAAAUUUUAAAAGACAUUCAUGAUCCAUUUGAUAUUCCAGAGAAAAGAUUUCAAGAAUUAUACAGGUUAUCUUGAGAAGCAGCAAUGCGAUUGUGCCAAGAUUUAUUACCAUAUAUACCCGAAGGGAGAAAAAAAGCAAUAAUACCUUGUGAAUUAAAGAUCUUAGCGAGUUUGAGUUUUAUGGCAUCUGGGUCUUAUCAACGCCGCAUUGGUCAAGACUUUUUAACCUGCAUGUGUCAAGCAUCAUUGUCUGCAGCAAUUCAUAUUAUUGUGGAAGCUCUCAAUGAGAUUAUGAGGUAUUGGAUUAAAUUUCCAUAAGGACACCAUGAUCUUGAACAUGUUAAGGAACAAUUUUGGACCUACUGUGGAUUUCCAAGUGUAAUAGGUGCUGUAGAUGGUACUCAUAUAGCUAUUUCACCUCCAAAUAAAGAACGAGAGCAUUUAUAUAUUAACAGAAAAUUAUAUCAUUCUUUAAAAGUUUUGCUAAUUUCUGAUUAUUAUGGAAAAAUUUUAGCAGUAAAUAGCAGACAUAGUGGAAGAACACACGAUGCACGCGUUUGGAAUGCUUCAAUUAUCUCCACACAUUUAGAACAGCAAUAUAAUAAUGGGCGAAGAAAUUGUUGAUUGUUAGGAGAUUCAGGAUACCCUUUGCUGCCUUACUUAAUGACACCUAAAUUAGGUCAACCCGAGGGAUUACCUUCAGCUCGCUACACUAAUGCUCACGUAAGAGCACGCUCAAGUAUUGAACGAACUAUUGGAGUGUUAAAAGGAAGAUGGCGGUGCCUGAGAAAAGAAAGAGGACUUCAUUAUUCACCAGAAUUUUCUGCACUUAUUGUGAAUACUUGCUGUGUACUGCAUAAUGUGGCAAAAUUUUACAACGUACCUGAACCUGAAAUAUAUUAUGAUGACUUUGACAUAAAUGAAAGAAAUGAAAUAUGGAGCAAUGAAAACAGGGAUGAUAACAGCACUCGAAAUAGUAUUAUACGUUUGUAUUUUACUUAAAUAAA